AUGCCUACUAACAAGGCCAUAAGGCCUGAGUGCUUCUAUAUGGCAAGUUUGAUGGCUCGUGAGCUUAAAGUUGCACUUGGUACAGUUGCUAUUCACCUUAGAGGCCUUGGCCUACCAAACGCAUGUCUUCCCAUUCACUAUGUACUUGGAUGGUUAGGCGAGCAUUUUCCUGACUUGACUACACGUCGAUGUGAUAGCAACUUUCCAGAAUAUUACCCUGUUCUUAAGAGGCAUAGCCAAAUCGAUGCCAAAUAUGUUGACCUCACUAGAGCUAGGAUAAUAUUCAAAAGUGAUUCUGUGGUUUAUCACCCCAAUGUCUUCCUUGCACAAGAAGAUUAUAUCCUUUCAGACACAGAAAACCUAGCAGAUGAUACCUUUGAGUACUUGAUUUGCAUGCACUCCGCAUUACUUGCUGAAAGGUUGGCGAGAGCACAAGUCAUCCUCCUUCACAAGGAUACGACAACGCGUUUCUAUAUUCCACGCUUUACUAGCAUGGGGAGUGCCCUUGGUGGCACGGGCAAAAGAGGCUUCAAUUCAUCUUCACCUCCUCUUGUUGCUUCUUCGAGAAGAGGACACAAGAAGAGAAUUCGUAAUGCUAGAGGGCAACAUUUCUCAGGGGUUAAUCACUUGAUGCACCAAUCUCAAAGGGUUAAUCAAGACUCACACUUGAAAUGGGCACGUCAUGAAAAUCACAACAUGGUUGAGGUUGGAAGCUCUAGCCAUGUACUUGACGAAGAGAGUUCUAAUCCGGUGCAAGGGGAAAUGAGAUUUGAUGACAUCUCUUUUCCUCUCGAAAUGAAGCCUAUUAAUGCAGAUAACCCAACCUUUGAGUUCAUUUCUUCAGAUUCUUGGGAAUGGAGUGAACAAAGUAGGUGGGAGUUUAUCAGUGGAGAAAUUGAAGGUAUCUUCAGCCGAUUUUCCUCCUCAAAGACACCUGCUCAAUUUCAUAUGCACCAUUCCGAGAUCAUCAAGGCCCUUCGACUUUUGAGGUCAACAGUUGACAUUCUUGGGUGUGGUGAAACUACAUUUAAACAGUUUGCCCAGCUUGUGGACUGGAUUUUUGAGCUUGCCAGGCGACGUUCCAAGAGCAGUGCUUAUAUUGAAGCCUUAGGAGAUGUGAAUGUUGAUGUGAUUCAUGAUUUGAUCAGUCAACACGAGGAAUGUUUAAACAUCAAGCUGGCUCUUGAGACAAAACUUACAGAGGUUGCUAAAGAGAUUGAAGACUUGGAUGUCAAGGAAGCUACCAUCAGGGAAGCAGAAGAGAGAGUUCUCCAGAUGCGGGAAGAGCAUGAAGCUAAGAAAACUUCCCUUAAUAUGCAAAAGAUGAACUUGGAGAUUUCUUUGGAGCAUCAGAAUGAACAAGCAACACAGCUUCAAGAAUCCAGAACUAAUGCUAAAGAAGAACUACUUCCCUAG